UGAAUGGCUAUUUGUUUGAGUUUUGGUUUAUUCACAGAGAUUUUGAAGUUUGCAUAAUAGUUUUGGUAAGUUGAAUUUGAUUUCAUGGGUCUUGUUCAUGUUCCAUGAUCGUGGUAAGGUUUAAUGUGCUCAUGGAUUUUUUGAAUCUUUUAUUUCAAUGUUUAAUCCAUGAUUGUGAUUGGGAUGUUGAAGUGUUUUUGGUUUGCAUUAUCUACCAAUUCAUGAUUGUAAUUUCUGGUUUUCAGGUCAAAUUGUCAGUACUCCACCGUAUUGCAAUGAGUUUCUUUCCUCAAUGUCCGUCUGGGCAACCUGAUGUGGAUCCACCUCGGCGUAAGUGGUGUGGCUUUAUGAAAUUUUUUCUGGUGGCCUCGUUUCCAUUAGGGCUUCUUCCAUGGCUUAUACAAAUGGCAAAAAAACUUGGUGUCGUGGGUUGGAUAUUGUUUACAAUUGGCUGGCCGUCAUGCUGUUAUGUAGGAAUUGGGUUGACUGUCCAAGCCUGUAGGGACGUAUCGGAGAAUUCCAACAUCACAGAUUAUUCUGAAUUACUAAAUGGGAGCAGGUUUGGAAGAUUCCUCCUCUACCUUUACAAUGAUUGCCUCUUUCAGGUCAUUAUGAAAAUUAUAUCAUGGGUUACGUGCUAUUCUGGGUCUUUACAUUACCUUGGGUGUGCUCUGGCUAUCACUCUUCAAUGCGUCAUAUGCUUGUGCUUUCGCCAUGAUGGAUCGGGUCUUGGAAUUCUCAUACUCAAAAACUAUUCUGGACUGAUUGCUUUUCAAAUUUUCAUUGAUCUUUUCAUGUACGGAGUGGUGAUGAAGCUUCAACUUGCAACUACAUGUCUUGUUGUGUUCAUUUCGAUUGUCUUGAUACCACACCUCACUGCAUGGCAGUAG